GACGUAGUCCGCCAGAGUGUCUCUCAACGGUUAGUCCUGGAGCCCUUCCCGCCACGCUCCUAUUUAAAAUCAAGAGCUCUGGAGCUCUAGCUCUAGAGAGAGAGAGAGAGAGAGGAAGAUGGCGGGGGUUCGACCGUCUGAAGCAGUCCCCCAGAUUAUCGCACAGCCGUUAGUCCUGCAGCCCUUCCCGCCACGCUCCUAUUUAAAAUCAAGAGCUCUGGAGCUCUAGCUCUAGAGAGAGAGAGAGAGAGAGGAAGAUGGCGGGGGUUCGACCGUCUGAAGCAGUCCCCCAGAUUAUCGCACAGCCGUUAGUCCUGGAGCCCUUCCCGCCACGCUCCUAUUUAAAAUCAAGAGCUCUGAAACUCUAGAGAGAGAGAGAGAGAGAGGAAGAUGGCGGGGGUUCGACCGUCUGAAGCAGUCCCCCAGAUUAUCGCACAACCGUUAGUCCUGGAGCCCUUCCCGCCACGCUCCUAUUUAAAAUCAAGAGCUCUGAAACUCUAGAGAGAGAGAGAGAGAGAGGAAGAUGGCGGGGGUUCGACCGUCUGAAGCAGUCCCCCAGAUUAUCGCACAGCCGUUAGUCCUGGAGCCCUUCCCGCCACGCUCCUAUUUAAAAUCAAGAGCUCUGUAGCUCUAGAGAGAGAGAGAGAGAGGAAGAUGGCGGGGGUUCGACCGUCUGAAGCAGUCCCCCAGAUUAUCGCACAGCCGUUAGUCCUGGAGCCCUUCCCGCCACGCUCCUAUUUAAAAUCAAGAGCUCUGGAGCUCUAGAGAGAGAGAGAGAGAGGAAGAUGGCGGGGGUUCGACCGUCUGAAGCAGUCCCCCAGAUUAUCGCACAGCCGUUAGUCCUGGAGCCCUUCCCGCCCUCGUCCUCUCCCACACGCUCCUAUUUAACUCCCUCCCUCCUCCCCUCCGUCGCUUACAGAUCCAGAACUCUGGAACUCUGGAGCUCUAGAGAGAGAGAGAGAGGAGGAAGAUGGCAGGGACCUUCGACCGUCUGACGCAGUCACCGACCUUCCGAGCGUACCAGGGCCGGCUUCCUACCAUCAAGACCGGCGCCGCCGCCGGCUACGAUCUGUCGGGGGGACAGUCCGUUCCGACGGAGUAUCUAGGAGGGGGCCAUUGCGGGGCUCCGCUGGAGCAGGCCGGCGAAACCUGGUGUGAGGCCCUCCCUGAGCGCGGGCUCCUCCCGCCUUUCGAGGACCGCUUCGCCGACUUCCCAGAGCCGCUGCGCUGGAGGCUGAUCGACUGCUGCAGGGCGGCCGUGGAGCAGUGCCUCCGCGACGUCACCGCCGAGAUCCGUGGCCUCACUCCCGACGCCGCCGUCCCGGAGGACAUCUUUCUUUACGACUCCAUCCUCGCCGCCGCCCACAUCACCGGCGUCGACGCCGAGGAAACCCGGUGGCGCCUCUACGCCUACCUUACCGCCGCCGAGGAGCAGGCCACCGCGGCAGCUGCGGCGGCGCGCCGCGCAUGAAGACCUUCGUGCAUUCCUCCACCUCCCUCCCUUCUCCGUCUUCUUCAGCCAUGGCGAGAUGGAACCGGUAAAUUCCCUACGGGGCCCACUUGCUUCUUCUUCACUCCGCCUCUCUACUAACACUUCUCUCCAUCGUACUAAGCUCUCCGGGGAAUCGAUCUCCAGGUGCUUGAGUAUGGCCGGCCAUUAGGGGAGUUCUCCUCUAAGUGCGUCUUCCUCUUGGCGAGGACCUGGUCGUGAAUUAAGAUCUGCAUCGCCGGCGCUCCCCACAUGGUUCCGAGGACCUGCUCGCACAGUUCGUCGAGGGUGAGCAUGGAGAAGGGCUCCUCGAUCAGAACGCCCACCUGUUCACCUGUUCAUUCACAGGCAUAAGUCAAUGGAACAAGUAUUCAGCAGAAGAGGGAGGGAGGCUAAUAGUUUUCUUUUCCAUGGACUUGACUUUUUCAUUUCCCCAUCUGUUGUACACAUUUAUUGGCUGAUAUUUUGCACGCCGUCUAUUUCACCAACUUCGGUCCAUAUUUCCAUACUAUGAGAACGCACUCAACAGGUCAACGCUCAGGGCUAUUUUUGUAAAACUCGAACUUUAAAUGCAGAAACGGCAUUUCGAUAAGAAUGUGUAGGGAAUUUCAAUUAUACAUCUCUAGUUCAUCAACGCAACUCUAAAAAUCAUUGAAAACUCAUCAGCGACAAAGAAAAAAGUUCACUUCCUCAAUGAAUGGUUUUUGCUAUAAAGACCCUGCAAAAUUAUCGAAUGAUUAAAGACCCCGUGAUGAUUGGGGUUAUUUCUUAUAAAUCUUGACAAGAUUAGAGGGAUCAGGUCAUUCGUGAUUAUAGAGUUUGGGAGCCGCAAGAAAAUUGUGAUUUUUAAUAAUAGAAGACUGGGUAACUUCCUCUGAGGGUUAAGUUAUACUCCCAGAGCCCCACACCAACCGACCAACCAAUCAUCUCGCCCUCUCCCCUCCUCGCUCUCCUCCUCUCCCAACAGGCUUCCUCCACCCAUCCUGUACCUUCUCCGCCUUGCUCUUCCCCGGCGCUCUGCUCCUUCCGCCUACCCAUCCAUGCUGGGCGGUAGUUCGAGAUAGAGCCAUCGCCGUCGCCGUUUCUUCCGGCAAAUGCCAAAACCUGCAAUCAUUGCAUACGUCUGAAACAAUUGAGAUGUCUUUUGUAUCUACAAUAAUUUAUUGAAGUGAGUUUAUUGAAGUGGUCCUAAAAGGACGGGGAAAAUUAGAUCAUUCUCUUGAAUUAGGGCUAUCACAUAUAGAUCAAUAAUUUAAACUAUGGAAGAAGAGGAUGCGAUCAUAAAAAUAUGAUUGGGAAGUACAAUGACACCGGAAGUAAAUGUUUUAAACCUAUUUCUAUCCACAUAAGGAUAUUUGGGAGCAAAUGACUCAAUCAUGCUCAAAAAGGGGGGAUGAAACUGAAAUAUACAGAGUUAUCAUCCAAACCUCUACUGUGACGUUGAGUAGUAAAAUAAUCUGAGAAUAUAUAAAUGAGUUGAGAAUCUAUGCCAAGAGGUUGAAAUGCUGGAAGGAUGAGAUAUUUUUAAAAAAAUAUGUAGAGAAAUAUAUGAUUUAUCAAUUUUUAAAAGGACUGAAUUAUGUGUAUGAUCAAGUUAUGUCUCAAAUUUUAGGAAAAUAUAAAGUUGUAAAUUUAAUAUAAGUUAUUGCUAUCACUAGAAACGAUUAGAGCUGUAGAAACCAUAUGCUAGAACAACAAAAUUCAAAAAAUUCAACAUUUGUGGUUCAACCUAAAUGACAUAAAUCCAUAAAUGUGGUCCAACCUAAAUAUGAUAAAGGACAAGGGGAAAAAGUAAUUAUCCAUAUAAUUUAUGAUGCACUUAUUGUAGGCGAACAAUGCAUACUAGAGACCACUACUACAAGUUCCAUGGGAAACCUCAAGUUGGUAGUUAGACCCACCUGAUCACCUCCCCAAUGAAAGGUCAAGUUCACCUAAUUUACCUUUGAGUAGAGGGUUAGAUGAGCUCGACCAACCCUCAACCUCAAGAGGCAUCUAUGUCCUUGGAGGUUAGCACUAACCAAGAGAUGAAGACUAGUUGAACUUGAGAGGCUAAGAUCAGCUGUGGCAUUCAACUCUAACAUCUCCUUGGCUUGCUCUAGUGAGAAAUCUCACUCAAUAAUAUUACAUGUUACACCUAAUGGUUUUCUUACAUAUUGGUUACUAGAUAUGGUGCCAUCAACCAUUAUGACCAAUUCUUAGAACUCUUCGUUAUGAUAUAACCCACAUCAACUUAUUAGAAAAGUAGUCACAAUCGAUUGAUUAUUAAUUACUAUUAUAGGAAUUAGAGAAGUGACAUUAGAUCCUAUUAACAUUAUUAAAAAUGUCAUACAUGUUCUUAAGCUCUCAACUAAGUUUAUAUCUAUUAGAAGGUUAGAGAUAUGUCUUGUAGAGUGAUAAUUAAUUAUAAUGUUUGUGAUGUCUAUGAUAAGGUAACAUGUAAAAAGAUUAGACAUAGUGAAGAUCAAGAUAGACUCUAUUAUAUUAGAUCAUCAGAUCAUGAUUAUCUUGUAGAGUUAAAUGAUCAUUUAGGACAGAAAACUUUUGUGUUAGCUAAGAAUGAUGUUUUUUGAUUAUGUCAUUGGCAUUUGGGACAACUCUCCUUUAAAAAUGAUAAAGUUUAUAUUUCUAAAUUUAAUUUUGAAUGCAAACAUAUGACAAUUAAAGUGUGAUGUGUGUGAGAUUAAAAAAUACUAGAGAACUACAUAUUUAUUAUUUAGGGAGAGAAGAACCUCUCCCUUAUCUUUGAUUCACAAUGAUUUUUAGGGACCAUCACCAAUUGCUCGCAUAUUAAGAGCUAGAUGGUUCAUCUUUUGUUAACAAGAGGAAUAGAAAAUCUUAAAAUUAAUAUAUUAAAGAAGAGGAGUACAUGAGGUUAUAUAAAAGAAAGGAAGAAAGAGAGAGAAAGAAAGAAGUGAAAGUAAUAGAUGAAGAAUAAAGACAUAGAGAGAAUACAUCCAAAAUAGGCAUGAUGAGCACAUUGAGCCUAUUCUAACUCUCAUUCUUAAGCUAGAGCAUACAAGUCAAAUAUUCAUAACUUCAUAAAUGUCAUGUCGUGAGAGAUCCCUAUAAGACUCUUGUUGAAGAUGUCCACGAGAUAAUGAGACAAGAUAACAUGCAGAGUAGAGAUAACACCUGACGUUACUUUAUCUUAGAUGUAAUGACAAUUAAUCUCAAUGUACUUCAUCUAUUCAUGAAAUGUAGAAUUCUCAACAAUAAAGAUGAUGACUUGAUUAUCACAAUGCAUAAAUAUUAGCGUAAGAAAUGAGAUGCUAAGGUCUUUGAGGAGUGAACUAAACCACACCAUAUCUUGUACUAUCUCAGUCAUUGCGACAUACUUAGACUCAGCACUAGAGCAAGAUGCCACCUUCUACUUCCUAAAGCACCACGUGACAAGAUUACUACCCACAUGUGUACAAUAACUAAUAGUAGAUUUAUGAUAUCUCUUGUCACCAACAUAUCCAACAUCUAAGUAGACUUCAAUCUGAAGAUGCCCAUGUCUUUGAUAGAUAAGCCCUCUCCCAAGAAAACUUUUGAUAUAUGUCAAAACCUAUAAAGCUUUCUCCUAGUAAACUUGUCGAUGUUCUUACAUGAAUUGACUAAAGAUACUAAUUGUGUACAUGAUGUCGGGGCGAAUGAUAGUGAGAUAGAUUAGCUUCUCUAACAAUCAUUUGUAUUAAUUAACAUCUUCUAGUAGUGAAAAUAAUAUAUCCUAAAAGUGCGGAUGUGCCCUCAUAAGUGACAACUUUGACUUGCACCCAAGUAGCUUAGUCUCCUAAAGUAUAUCAAAAAUAUACUUUUACUGAAAGAGAGUAAACUUGUCAUCCUGAUAGAGUCAUCGCUGUCGCCGUUUCUUCCGGAAAAUGCCAAAACCUGCAACUCAUCUCUCUUCGUCGUUCUCAACUCUCACUCCCGAGUUUUCAUCCAAGUUCCUGUCGCGCUCUUGUUUGUCUUCCCUCCCCAAUCCCCGUGCUCGUCGGAUAGUAUGCGGCAAGUCACCUGCCCCCUAUGUUUGUCUUCAACUUUUUAAAAAAUAUUACUCACUUAUAAUUUAUAAUUUAAUAUAAAAACCUAUGUAUUUCUUGGAUGGACAUAAGGGGCAGGUGGCUUCAUAGUCAAAAUCAGUAUAUACUUCCAUAGCUAUUUUAUUUUUUAUAUAAAAAUAUUUCUGUAGUGUUUCCUUCAGAUAUUCAAUAACUCUUUCUGCAACAAGCAAGUGAGAUAUAUAUCGAGUAUCUAUGAUUGACUAAGUACUCCAACAAUGUAUAAUAUAUCAGGUUUAGUGUGAGAAAGAUAAAUUAAUUUUUCUUAUUAGUCUUUGGUAUCCAAGUACAUCUAUCUUGUUACUUUCUUUGAUGUCACCAAGUUUAUGGUUAGUGUGUAUUGGUAUAUUUCUAUGUUUACAUCAUAAUUUUUCAAUAUCUCAUAAUAGAUCUAAAAUAUAUUUUUACUCUAAAAUAAAGGUCAAAUUUGGAGUAAGUUAUUUUUAUCCCUAAGAAAUACCUUAAUCUCUAAAAUAUAAUUUUCCUAGCACUUUAAUGUCAAACUCUUUUAGUAGGUUUCUUCUCAAAUAUUUCCUUUCAUAUUUAUCAUUUUUAGUCAUUAUUAUAGCAUCAACAUAUACUAGGAGAAUUAUAAUUCCCCCUAAAGUCGAGUGUUUGAUGAACAACAUGCAAUCUAUAUUAGAUGGUUUAUAUCUUAACUCACACAUUACUUUAUAAAAAAAUUCAAACUAGUCCCUAAGUGGUUGUUUAAGCCCAUCAAUGUUUUCUUCAACUUAAAUAUUAUACCCUUCUCUAUAUUCUUAUUAUAUCCUUUAGGGACCAUCCAUAUGUAUGUCUUCUUCUAAAUCUCUAUGUAGAAACUUACUCUUCACCUCAAAUUGUUGAAUGUUCUAUUCAUAAUCUACUACUAACAAAAGAAUUUUAAUUAUACUAAUUUUAUAAUUAGAGCAAAUAUUUCUAAUAAUUUAUUUCAUGUAUUUGAAUAUAUCUUUUAGCCAUCAAUCGAGUUUUAUAUCUUUCUAUUGUACCAUAUGUAUUGUAUUAGAUUGUAUAAACCCACUUACACCUCAUGGUUCUUUUCCGUGUAGUAACCUUGGUAAUUCACAUGUAUAAUUUUUGUUCUAAGGCCCCUAGUUAUUCCUCCAGAGUUAGUUCCAUUCAUCUCAACCUAAUGCCUCCAAGACAUUAUAUUGAUUUUUUUUUCAAAAUCAAAGGUUCUAAGAAAAAUCUUAUAUGAGGCUGUGUCAUAUGAUAUGAAAUUAGAUAUUGUGGUUCUUUAAUAUGGUUUCACUCUCCUUUCCCAAGAGCUAUGGGUAACUCCUCAUAAUUUACUCAUGGUAUUAGUGGUUCUUCAUUCUCAUUAUUUUGAAUCUCUUCUAUACGAUCAUUAAGUUCAUCAUGUUCACAAUGAUCUAUAACAUCAGGUUGAUCAUUAUUAUAUUGUGGUCUCAUUGCUAUUUCUUUUGAUGACAUCGGUAUAUCUAGAAGUAUAUAUGGUAAUACAAAGUUGCUACCAUCAACAUUUUUUUCCUACAUAAUACUAUAAGUGAUUGCUUCCUUAAGAACAAUUCUAUCAAAAUAAGUUUCAUGCUCAUGAAAAGUUACAUCAUUAGAAAUAAAAAAAUAUUUUCAAUGAAAGGCAAUAGUAUUUAUACCUAUUUUUUAUAUUUAAGUAUCUAAUAAACACACAAUUAUAUGUGGAUCAAGUUUAGUCUUAGUGGGUCCAUAGUUAUAGAUAAAGUAAGUGCAACCAAUACUCUAGUAACUAAGCUAUUGUUUAGUGAGAUUUAUGGGUAGAAUCUAGAUAGAACCUCUAAUGGGCUCUUAAAAGCUAGAAGUUAAGUGGUAACCUAUUAAUAAGGUGUAUCAUCGCGAGAACAUCUCAAAAGUUUUUGUUAUUUCUAUUUGGAAGAGAAGUGAUCUAGUCACUUAUAAUAUAUGUUGAAACUUUCCAUAUCCAAUAUUGUUUUGUUGUGGAGUAUUAACACAUGAUGACUCAUAAAUAAUUCCUUCAUUAAGAAGUAUCAUUUGAUAGUAUGAUUAAAGAAAUUACUUGUAUUAUCUGAUAUAAAUUAUUUUAUUUAUAUUUUAAAUUAAUUUUUAAUAAGUGAGUAUUUUUAAAAAAUAUUAAUCACUUAUAAUUUAUAAUUUAAUAUAAAAACCUAUGUAUUUAUAAAAAAAUAUCAAUUAAAAAGAUGUGAAAAUAUGCCCACUAAGCCCACCAGGGCUAUUUUAGAGUUAUUCUCUCUAUGUCCUUAUUCUUCCUCCACUAUCUCCACUUCUUAUUCUCUCUCUUUCUGUCGUCUUUUUCAUAUAACCUCAUGUAUUCCUCUUUUUCAAUAUAUCAAUUAUAGGGUUUUCUUUUCCUCUUGUCAACAUGGUAUCAGAACCCUAGGGUUUAUCUGCCGCUGCGCUUUGCCUCCUCUCUUAUCUCGAUGUCACCUAUCCUCUCCUAAUGCAAUCUUUUAUAACAUUGCCUUGCAUGUCUACGCGGUGCCCAGUCUACAUAGCUCUACAUGCUUGCCACACCUUUUGCAACGCGCACCUGCGUGCCCAUCCGGUGCUUACCCAACACCAUCUUGCAUGCCCGCUUGGCAUGCCGCUGCACCUGCACGCUUGGCAGCACCAUCUCCCACUGGUGCCCCAUGCACUGACUAUAGGUGCCGCACACACUACCUCUUGGUGCUCCCCACUGGUGCCCUGUGCCUUAUCUUUAGUGUUGCCUUGGUGGCCCAUGCAUCACCUCAUGAUGUUAUCUCAUCUCCCGCAAAUCCUCAUCUAUAGAUCUAGUGGGCAAAUCCUCGAUGUCUUAGGCACCUUCUCUAUUAGUUCUUUAGCCAGCAGAUGUCUUCAAUUGACAUAAUUAUGCAUUGUGGGCCUCUAUUCGAGCACUUAUUGAUGUCGCACAACCUUCUCCACCACUUAUCAAUUGAUCCACCAGGCUUCACUAAUCCGUCCUUUACUUCAUGGUCUUAACUUGAUUCAACCAUCCUUACCUGGAUGUUUCAAAGUAUUGAGCCGAGCAUUUCACUUGGAUAUGCCCUAUGUAACAACUUUGGAUGACAUUGGAAAACAUGUAUGUCAAUCAGAUGAAUAUCAAUUGCAUGGUCAAAAUCUUCGAGUUAUUUUUUGUUUGCAAGUAGGGUGACUCUUCUCUUCAAGUUCAUUUCGGUCGUCUCCAAGCCCUGAUAUAAGAGCUUACCAUCUAUUAGCCUCUGAUCACUGACCUCUAGACAUCUAAGUGCUACUAUCAGAAGUUUCUUGUUAGAGUCUAUCUGAGUGGACUUUACCCAUCAAUUACCUCUUAGAUUCGUAAGAUGAUCCUCUCUAAAGACUAGAUAUUUGAUAUCUCUCACAUUUUCUCCACUGCACUUUGUGUGAGUACAUACACUCCUACUAUUACCAGUGGCACAUCUACUCCGUCGGUGAUGGCUGUCUCCACUCCUCGAGUGUCACAUGACCCUUGACGUGACUUAGUCAUCGUAUAUUAAAUCACACAAAUUUAAAAUGUAUAAAACUAGAAAAUACGUAUUUUUAGAUAUUUAGAAGUAUUUUUGAAAAAAAUAUAUCAAUUAUACUUUAAUAAAACUUCCAAAAAUAGCAGUAAUUUUUCAGGUCGAUCAUAGGGAUGUAAUAUAAUAUCUGAUAAUUAUUCAGAAUUUUUCUCAAAGAAUACUAUUUUCUAUGAAUUUUAUACUAGGAAAUAAAAAGAAUAUAUAUUUAAAAUUCACGAAAAAGAGAAAUAAAGGUGCGGACGUCAAGAUGACGUCAACUCUUGGCGAAUGUGAAUCGGAUGGAAAUAGAGUUCUGCCCGGUGAUUCUUACGUAAGCGAUUACAGACGAUUUACUUGAUCAAAUUAAGAUUUAUAAAAGUCGGAAGAAUCGUAAUUGAAUGAAGUAUAUCUUGGUAAAUUUAAAUCACAUAACUUAUCACUAAAUGAAGCGGAAAGUAAGUUGAAAGCAAGAAAAUAGAGUUUUGGUGUCGCAGCGGCGAUGCGUCGACGAUACACCGAAAUCCUGAGCGUUUAAGAGGAUCGUUGUGCAGUGUCCACGGCCUCAAAGGCUCUCAUUGGACAAGGACGAUGUGGGUAAUCUCUAGAUCUUCUUGCAAAGUUUAGAGAUCAAUGAAAUGGGUUGUCGAAUCGUCUUCGACGGCUGUGACCUAGUGAAGCAGAAAAACGGCGACUUUGCAGCUCUCUGGCGGCUGUCACCUGAUAGAGAAGAGCUGGAUGGAGGUGGGGCGCAUGUCAGGGAGCUUCAUCCUCAAGUCCGCGCAACAAGAGGACGGAUGUUUGGGGUAUUGUAAGUGAUCAAGGGGUCGUAACUCAUAUCACAAGAGAAAACUUUGGGAGGCUCUUCAUCACAUCUGGUACUCUCUUAGGAGGUGGCAACUUGUCUCCCAGUGGAUCGUUUUCUUAUCGACGAUGACUUAUUUGUCGAUCAAUCGGAGAUGCUUUACUCAAUGGAUUUAUGAUCCUUUUAUCGCGAAUCGUUCAGUAAUUUUAGUAACAAUUCUCUACGAAUCGUGUUAAUAAGAUUUUUGUUGAUGAUCCAACGAUUCUAGUUGCUUAAUCCUUCACAAGCGAUCUGUAGGAAAGUUGCGAUAAUUAGUUAAAAAAUAUGAGUUUUGGUUCUGAGAGGAUUCGAACUACGUCGGUUGCCCGUCUGCAUGAGAGAGAUGACAUAAGUACUCUAAUGCCCUUAUAAAAUGACGUCAUCAUGGUAUAUCUCUAUUAUAAAUAAGGGGUCCUUUAGGUAUUAAAAUCUUCGAACCCUUUCUAGGGAAGGUGUGACGCGGGUUUAGUCCUACAUCACUUGUGCGCUGAAGUUUCGGGUGAAUAUAUAGUAAUAUUACAUUUUGGAAGCAAGUCCCUUCUCUCGCGUGUACGACCACUCCUUGUCCCACAGCCGGCUAGCCACCGGUGACAUGGAAGGGGAGUGGCGCACACGUGCCCCUAUCGGUCAUAGCUGCUUGAGCCCCUGCUCGCGGCUCCUCCUCGACUGUGCUUCCGACCUACUUACGGGCCUGACUAGUCAGUGGGUCCCCCUCAUUUUGUUAUAUUUUUAUUUUUAUUUCUUUUUCUUUAUUUAUCUCAAAAGUAAGAUUGUAAAAAUUAUAUAAAUUCGUAUAAAAUCACAUAAUUACCCAAAAAAUCACAUUAAUCAAUUGAAAAUCACAUUUCACAUUUUAACACAAAUAUAAGUUUAUUUAUCAUGAGUUAAGGCUAAAACUAUAUUAUUUACUAAUUAUUAACUUAUGAUAAUGAAGACUUAUCAACCCUCCUACUUUGAGACCAAAUAGUGGUCAUCUACCACAAGAGAAGGAUAAUAAUUUUUUUCUUCCAUGCAUCUACUAUGACAAGCAGAAUCACUUGUCUAACAAAUGUUAGAAAUAAUUUAAGAAGCCUAACUUUGCCCAAUCACCUUUCUUGCCUCCUUCACUAGCGCGUAGGCGCCAUUUAGUGUCCCUUCUCUAACUUUUUAAGUGACAUUGACCUCUGCUGAAUAUGAAGUACUACAUCACUCUAGUGGUAUCAUGACUCAUUUCUUGGUCAAUCUAACCUCACUUCUAAAUCCUUCGACAUCAAAUACACAUGUUCUUCCUACAUCUUCAUCUUCACCAUAGAUUAUUGACUCAAGGGCCUCUAUCCACAUGACCGACACACCUACUAUUUUAUCAUCAUACUACUAAUUACCAUUGUCGAUAGUUAGACUUGUUCGGUCAAUGGACAUGGCAAUAUCGUUGAUAUGUUAAAUAUUCUUCUCAUCCAAAUUCUCUAUGUUCUUAAAUUUCUUACUAACCUCUUAUCUAUCAGUGCUAUUACCUGAGCCAUCCUUUUUUCUAUUACAUUUUUUUCUUUUCAUUGUAACUCCUAAGAUCUAUGUAUUAGGCAAAGGAUUAGUUUGGGGCAUGAGAAUAGAUGAGGUGUCUAUGAGCUAAUUUUUGAUAAACUUUUUUCUAACCUUCGAGCUCUUUUAUUUCCUCUAUAGUCACCUCAUCUCUUUUGUGGUAUCGUCCUUUAGGACAUCAUUGUUUUAAAAAAUUCAAAAACCCUUACCUUCGCUUUCGCUUAAUAAGUUUAUGUGCAAGUCAUGACAAUUAGGUAUGAACCAUCAUGGUUCAUACUCGAGUUAAGACGAGAUUUUAUUUACAACACCCUUUGACUUCAUUCAUUGUGAUGUUUGGGCCUCUUUUGUACUCUAUCUGUUUCGGACAAUCAUUACUACAUUAUCUUUGUUAAUGACUAUACUUAGGUAAGUUGAGUCUAUCUUCUCUAAGAUCAUACUAAAGUUCACACCAUAAUUAUUCAUUUCAUUACUGAAGUCAUCACCCAGUAUUCUACUAUGCCUAAGAUUCUUUGUAGUGAUAAUAUCUUGGAGUUGGUUCAAAACUCACUUCGCAUAUUUUGUGACGAUCGUAGUAUUCUUCAUCAAAUCACGUGUUCACACACAUCCUAAUAAAAUGAGAUUAUUGAAUGAAAACAUUGUCAACUACUUGACAUUGUUCAAAUAUUACUCAUUGAGAUGAAUGUUCCUCAUUAUCUAUGAUUUGACACUCUCCUAAUAAUCACAUAUCUCUAGAAUUAGCUGCCUUCGGCUCCACUUGGUGAGGUCAUUCUACUUCAUUGCCUUUCAUUCGAUUCUUUUCUUUUCUUUUUUUAUACCCCCUCGUGUCUUCGGAUGCAUUACUUUUGUCUAAUACUACUUUUCUUUUUUUUCUAAAUUGACCACUUUAUCUCUCAAAUGGAUCUUUAUUGACUACUCACAUAUAUAAAAAAGUUAUUAGGUCUAUUUUUUUAAUACCGUCGCUAUGUGACAUCAACUAACGUUACUUUUUAUGACGAUACUUUUUUUUUUCUUCAACCUCAACUCCUCCUUGAUCUGUUACAUCUUCACUACCUAGUUUAUCUCCUAUUGUGAUCAUUACAAAUUCUUUUCUUAGUCUUCUUACUUAUCUAGUUUCUCUCUCAUUAGCUCAUCCUCUAAAACCUUUGGCUUUAUUGACAUUCGACUCCUCUACUCUAGGAUCAGAUUCGUCUUCACUCAUUACGAAUGAGCCUCAUCUGGUUAUCUCUUCUAUUUCAGGUGAAUGACCUUCAUCUAUAUAUUGCUCUCCGCAAAGAUACACAUGCAUAUACCAAAUACUCAAUUUCCUAUUUUAUUUCCUCCGACCACUUUUUUCUUUUCUUUCAUACCUUUGUUUUUUUUGUGAUCUUCAAGUCAAUUCUACAAUCAUAUGUUGAGGCUGCACAAGUACCUGAAUAGAAAGUAGUCAUGGAUUUGAAGGUAGAUGCUUUGGUAUAUCAGAGAACUUAGACACUUGUAUCUCAUCCACACAAUGUCAAUAUUGUCAUGUGCAAGUGGGUUUUCACACUCGAGUAUAAUUCAGAUGGAUCUAUUACACGUCAUAAGGCUCGCUUGAUUACUUGUAGAUUCACAUAAGUCUAUGACAUUGACUACAUCGAGACAUUCUCUCUUGUUGGUUUGACUCAACUCCAUUCGAAUGAUACUCUCUCUAAUAGUGAAUCAAGCAUGAUCUUUACAUCAAUUAGAUAUUUCUAAUGUCUUUCUCUAUAGUGACCUUGAAGAGUAAGUGUUUAUGGAGCAACCUCUUGAAAACAUACUCAAGGAGAGUCAUCAAUGAUGUCUUUCACAACGUGCUAUUUACGAACUUCAACAAAGUCCACGUAUUUAGUUUGCUAAGUUAAAUGAUCUUCUAGUGUAAUUUGAGUUCUCACCAUAUUUUACAGAUCCCAUAGUACUUAUAAAAACUAUUGAAGUUGAUAUUAUCAUCUUAGUUAUUUAUGUGGACGACAUUCUUAUGACUAGAAGUGAUGAAACAUGUAUUUAAGCUAUCAAAUCAUACCUACAACAGUACUUUUGCAUAUGAGAUUUGAGGAUUUCAUGAUACUUUCUUAAGAUUGAGUGGCUCUAUCAGGAUGACAAGUUUACUCUCUUUCAGUAAAAGUAUAUUUUUGAUAUACUUUAGGAGACUAAGCUACUUGGGUGCAAGUCAAAGUUGUCACUUAUGAGGGCAUAUCCGCACUUUUAGGAUAUAUUAUUUUCACUACUAGAAGAUGUUAAUUAAUACAAAUGAUUGUUAGAGAAGCUAAUCUAUCUCACUAUCAUUCGCCCCGACAUCAUGUACACAAUUAGUAUCUUUAGUCAAUUCAUGUAAGAACAUCGACAAGUUUACUAGGAGAAAGCUUUAUAGGUUUUGACAUAUAUCAAAAGUUUUCUUGGGAGAGGGCUUAUCUAUCAAAGACAUGGGCAUCUUCAGAUUGAAGUCUACUUAGAUGUUGGAUAUGUUGGUGACAAGAGAUAUCAUAAAUCUACUAUUAGUUAUUGUACACAUGUGGGUAGUAAUCUUGUCACGUGGUGCUUUAGGAAGUAGAAGGUGGCAUCUUGCUCUAGUGCUGAGUCUAAGUAUGUCGCAAUGACUGAGAUAGUACAAGAUAUGGUGUGGUUUAGUUCACUCCUCAAAGACCUUAGCAUCUCAUUUCUUACGCUAAUAUUUAUGCAUUGUGAUAAUCAAGUCAUCAUCUUUAUUGUUGAGAAUUCUACAUUUCAUGAAUAGAUGAAGUACAUUGAGAUUAAUUGUCAUUACAUCUAAGAUAAAGUAACGUCAGGUGUUAUCUCUACUCUGCAUGUUAUCUUGUCUCAUUAUCUCGUGGACAUCUUCAACAAGAGUCUUAUAGGGAUCUCUCACGACAUGACAUUUAUGAAGUUAUGAAUAUUUGACUUGUAUGCUCUAGCUUAAGAAUGAGAGUUAGAAUAGGCUCAAUGUGCUCAUCAUGCCUAUUUUGGAUGUAUUCUCUCUAUGUCUUUAUUCUUCAUCUAUUACUUUCACUUCUUUCUUUCUCUCUCUUUCUUCCUUUCUUUUAUAUAACCUCAUGUACUCCUCUUCUUUAAUAUAUUAAUUUUAAGAUUUUCUAUUCCUCUUGUUAACAAAAGAUGAACCAUCUAGCUCUUAAUAUGCGAGCAAUUGGUGAUGGUCCCUAAAAAUCAUUGUGAAUCAAAGAUAAGGGAGAGGUUCUUCUCUCCCUAAAUAAUAAAUAUGUAGUUCUCUAGUAUUUUUUAAUCUCACACACAUCACACUUUAAUUGUCAUAUGUUUGCAUUCAAAAUUAAAUUUAGAAAUAUAAACUUUAUCAUUUUUAAAGGAGAGUUGUCCCAAAUGCCAAUGACAUAAUCAAAAAACAUCAUUCUUAGCUAACACAAAAGUUUUCUGUCCUAAAUGAUCAUUUAACUCUACAAGAUAAUCAUGAUCUGAUGAUCUAAUAUAAUAGAGUCUAUCUUGAUCUUCACUAUGUCUAAUCUUUUUACAUGUUACCUUAUCAUAGACAUCACAAACAUUAUAAUUAAUUAUCACUCUACAAGACAUAUCUCUAACCUUCUAAUAGAUAUAAACUUAGUUGAGAGCUUAAGAACAUGUAUGACAUUUUUAAUAAUGUUAAUAGGAUCUAAUGUCACUUCUCUAAUUCCUAUAAUAGUAAUUAAUAAUCAAUCGAUUGUGACUACUUUUCUAAUAAGUUGAUGUGGGUUAUAUCAUAACGAAGAGUUCUAAGAAUUGGUCAUAAUGGUUGAUGGCACCAUAUCUAGUAACCAAUAUGUAAGAAAACCAUUAGGUGUAACAUGUAAUAUUAUUGAGUGAGAUUUCUCACUAGAGCAAGCCAAGGAGAUGUUAGAGUUGAAUGCCACAGCUGAUCUUAGCCUCUCAAGUUCAACUAGUCUUCAUCUCUUGGUUAGUGCUAACCUCCAAGGACAUAGAUGCCUCUUGAGGUUGAGGGUUGGUCGAGCUCAUCUAACCCUCUACUCAAAGGUAAAUUAGGUGAACUUGACCUUUCAUUGGGGAGGUGAUCAGGUGGGUCUAACUACCAACUUGAGGUUUCCCAUGGAACUUGUAGUAGUGGUCUCUAGUAUGCAUUGUUCGCCUACAAUAAGUGCAUCAUAAAUUAUAUGGAUAAUUACUUUUUCCCCUUGUCCUUUAUCAUAUUUAGGUUGGACCACAUUUAUGGAUUUAUGUCAUUUAGGUUGAACCACAAAUGUUGAAUUUUUUGAAUUUUGUUGUUCUAGCAUAUGGUUUCUACAGCUCUAAUCGUUUCUAGUGAUAGCAAUAACUUAUAUUAAAUUUACAACUUUAUAUUUUCCUAAAAUUUGAGACAUAACUUGAUCAUACACAUAAUUCAGUCCUUUUAAAAAUUGAUAAAUCAUAUAUUUCUCUACAUAUUUUUUUAAAAAUAUCUCAUCCUUCCAGCAUUUCAACCUCUUGGCAUAGAUUCUCAACUCAUUUAUAUAUUCUCAGAUUAUUUUACUACUCAACGUCACAGUAGAGGUUUGGAUGAUAACUCUGUAUAUUUCAGUUUCAUCCCCCCUUUUUGAGCAUGAUUGAGUCAUUUGCUCCCAAAUAUCCUUAUGUGGAUAGAAAUAGGUUUAAAACAUUUACUUCCGGUGUCAUUGUACUUCCCAAUCAUAUUUUUAUGAUCGCAUCCUCUUCUUCCAUAGUUUAAAUUAUUGAUCUAUAUGUGAUAGCCCUAAUUCAAGAGAAUGAUCUAAUUUUCCCCGUCCUUUUAGGACCACUUCAAUAAACUCACUUCAAUAAAUUAUUGUAGAUACAAAAGACAUCUCAAUUGUUUCAGACGUAUGCAAUGAUUGCAGGUUUUGGCAUUUGCCGGAAGAAACGGCGACGGCGAUGGCUCUAUCUCGAACUACCGCCCAGCAUGGAUGGGUAGGCGGAAGGAGCAGAGCGCCGGGGAAGAGCAAGGCGGAGAAGGUACAGGAUGGGUGGAGGAAGCCUGUUGGGAGAGGAGGAGAGCGAGGAGGGGAGAGGGCGAGAUGAUUGGUUGGUCGGUUGGUGUGGGGCUCUGGGAGUAUAACUUAACCCUCAGAGGAAGUUACCCAGUCUUCUAUUAUUAAAAAUCACAAUUUUCUUGCGGCUCCCAAACUCUAUAAUCACGAAUGACCUGAUCCCUCUAAUCUUGUCAAGAUUUAUAAGAAAUAACCCCAAUCAUCACGGGGUCUUUAAUCAUUCGAUAAUUUUGCAGGGUCUUUAUAGCAAAAACCAUUCAUUGAGGAAGUGAACUUUUUUCUUUGUCGCUGAUGAGUUUUCAAUGAUUUUUAGAGUUGCGUUGAUGAACUAGAGAUGUAUAAUUGAAAUUCCCUACACAUUCUUAUCGAAAUGCCGUUUCUGCAUUUAAAGUUCGAGUUUUACAAAAAUAGCCCUGAGCGUUGACCUGUUGAGUGCGUUCUCAUAGUAUGGAAAUAUGGACCGAAGUUGGUGAAAUAGACGGCGUGCAAAAUAUCAGCCAAUAAAUGUGUACAACAGAUGGGGAAAUGAAAAAGUCAAGUCCAUGGAAAAGAAAACUAUUAGCCUCCCUCCCUCUUCUGCUGAAUACUUGUUCCAUUGACUUAUGCCUGUGAAUGAACAGGUGAACAGGUGGGCGUUCUGAUCGAGGAGCCCUUCUCCAUGCUCACCCUCGACGAACUGUGCGAGCAGGUCCUCGGAACCAUGUGGGGAGCGCCGGCGAUGCAGAUCUUAAUUCACGACCAGGUCCUCGCCAAGAGGAAGACGCACUUAGAGGAGAACUCCCCUAAUGGCCGGCCAUACUCAAGCACCUGGAGAUCGAUUCCCCGGAGAGCUUAG